UCUGGACAAGCCUGUACAGUGCGCCCCUUAACAGCAUGCUCUAGGACCGUACCAACCAGCUCUGACGACAUCAGGCGAGGAACCGGCAACUGGGGAAAACUCUCAAACACAAAACUCCCCUUUUCGACUCACGUCCGCCUCGCUUCCCUUCCGCCGCCGAUGAUCGCGGCAGGUCGGCCUCUGCGAGUGGCAGUCAGAAUGCCUGCCAAGCCUGGAGUACGAGUAGUAUCAAGGCGGAGCAUCAAGUUCAUCAUGUUCUUACUGCCGCCAGUCUGCUGGUCUGAGUGCAAGAAGAUCGUCGGAGUGGCAUUCUGCAAGGUCAAGACCCUACAAGUACGAGUCCUCCUUGAGAGCAAUCUGCAUGCACGGAGCAAUGCUACUUGUCAGUGGUUGUCAUCAGUGGCACCAUUUCACCGAGCCAGUGUGAGAGGUGACAAAACUGACGGCAUCGCCGCAGAGAAGGGUCACCCUGUCGCUAAGAAUCCCAAUUGCAGAGGUAUUCAAGGUAGUCAGUUGAUGAUACGCGAUCGAUACGAUACACGUGGUGGCAACUUCUAUGGACAUGCUCCCCGUGAAGUAAAGCAUGCAUACAUUUCGCACGCUUCGGGAGAACCAAAAAACGGUAGCAUCGCCUUCGAAUACGAUGGACUUGUCUUGGGCGCACAGUACGGGACACACGAUGUGCAAACACAGUGUAACAUGCCCCAACCGUCUCGGAGAAGCUCAAAGAAGCUCCACAGCCUCCUUACCCCUGACUAGGACAGACCAGGAUUCUGGGACCCUGCUGCUUGGCGUCACGGCCAACCAGUAGUCGGGAGGCGCUCCGCCCAACCGCCACAGGCUACCCGCUUGGACCUGUGCUAAACCCAAAGGACGAUAGGGAGAGAUCGGACAUGC